AUGCUGAGAACACGCUUCUGUCUCUUCAGCUUGUUUCUGUUUCCACAGAUAAUCCUGGUCGUUCGGUCAGCCCGAAUCACCACGCAGCAAUUGAGCCUGUUCCAGCCGUUCAUGAAGCUUUCCCCGUAUAUCGAUGACCUUUCUACAAACGGCCCGGGCUUACUCGAAGCUGCUCCUUGCAGUCAUAUAAUUAUAUCUCUGUACUCCGUAUGGGCUGGGGACAACGCCAUCAAAGCCUUCCACAGAGCAUUGACCACUACUUUAGUUAAAUACGCCUCGUAUAUCUUCGUGGCGUCUGGCGAUCCUGCAAGCAUUGAAGAAGAACGUCUCGAGAUGAAAGGCUCAACGCUCCGUCUAGCCGGCUGCGCUGGCUCGGACCGUUGGCCUCAGUCACCCGCCCCUCCUCCUGCUCAUCAUCAUCAAAAACAACAGCAGCAACAACCUGGUGACCGGCGUUAUCGCCUCAUAUUCAAUAUCCCGAAAGGGCAUGCCGAAGCUUCUUAG